AUGGAUUCCACAGAGAUAAUUUUUGGGAUACUGAUCCUACUGGAGAUCAGCUUCGGGGUUUUAGGGAAUGUGUUCCUCCUUCUGGGUUUCAUCUUCCUGGUCUCUGCCAACAAAAAGAUAAAGUCCUCAGAUCUGAUCCUUGCCCACCUGGCUGUGGCCAACACCAUGACCCUUCUGUCCAAGGGCAUCCCAGACAUCCUGUCAGCCUGGGGAAUGAGAAAUUUCCUGGGUGAUAUUGGUUGUAAAACCCUCCUUUACUUGUACAGACUGUCCCGAGGCCUGGCCAUCUGCACCACCUGCCUCUUGAGCAUCUUCCAGGCUGUCACCGUCAGUCCCAGCACCUCCCAAUGGGCAGGACUUAAAGCUAAAUUACCCAAGAGUAUCACCCCAACCUGUCUUCUCUCCUGGAUCCUCAAUCUGCUGGUGGAUGUUACUGCACCCAUACUGGUGACAGGUCCCCAGAACAGCACAAGUAGACAAACUGUCAACAUUCUGAAAUACUGUUCCUCUACUAGCAUUAGAGCAAUAACCACCCUGGUCAAUGCAAUUGUGCUCUCCUUUAGGGAUCUGUUUCUUGUGGGGCUCAUGAGUGGGUCCAGUGGUUACAUGGUGCUUCUCCUGCACAGACACCACCGUCAGGUCCACCAUCUUCAUGGAUCUGGCCACUCCUCCAGGGAGAUGCCCGAGGUCAGAGCAGUCAGAUGUGUUCUUGCCCUUGUGACCCUCUACAUCCUUCUGUAUGUACGGGAGACCAUCACUCUGAGUGUUUUAAUCAACAUUAGAAGUAAUUUGCCUCUGCUUCUGAACACACACAUGAUUUUGACAUUCACUUUCUCGGCUAUAAGUCCAUUCUUGAUGAUUCUUAGCAAUAGGAGGAUGAGAAACUUCAGGAAGAAGAAUUUACCUGUUUGUGACACUGACCUCUCCCCGGUCCCAGGAAAAUGA